AAGAAGAAGAAGCAACAGCAGCAUCACAACUGGUCACAUCCAGCUGUGACCAUGGGGAAGGCCUUCUCCCACCUCACCCAAUUGUCAGGGCAGGAUGACGGCCAGGACAGCCACCUCACGUCUUCCAUUGGGGACAGCCACAUGGAGGAGACCAAGACCGAGGACGUGUCCCAGUUCCCCUACGUGGAGUUCACUGGCAGGGAUAGUGUGACCUGCCCCACCUGCCAGGGCACGGGCCGGAUACCUCGAGGUCAGGAGAACCAGCUGGUGGCUCUCAUCCCUUACAGUGACCAGAGGCUGAGGCCCAGGCGCACGAAGUUGUAUGUGACCGCCUCAGUGGCUGUGUGCCUGCUCCUCUCCAGCCUGGCAGUCUUUUUCCUCUUCCCUCGCUCCAUAGAUGUGUCCUACGUAGGAGUCAAGUCGGUCUAUGUAGACUACGACCAGGAGAGGAGGAGCGUCUAUCUCAACAUUACGAACACUCUAAACAUCACCAAUAAUAACUACUACUCUGUGGAGGUGGCCAACAUUACGGCACAGGUGCAGUUUGCAAAGACGGUCAUCGGAAAGAGUCGCAUCAGCAACAUCACAGCCAUCAGCCCCCUGGACAUGAAGCAGAUUGAUUACAUGGUCCCCACGAUCAUCGCUGACGAGAUGAGCUACAUGUAUGACUACUGCACUCUCCAGACCAUCAAAGUGCACAACAUUGGCGUCAUGAUGCAAGUGACAGUGACCACCACGUACUUUGGCCACGCAGAACAGGUGUCCCAAGAGAUGUACCAGUAUGUGGACUGUGGAGGCAACACCACGGCUGUCAGAGGAGCCCCCUAGAGCUUCAGUGUUCCCCACAACAACCAAUAACUACUGUUCAACCACACACGCACUUCAAAAACAAUCUGCACGCACUGCAAAAACAUCUACACCAGUUAAACUACCAGAUUUGAAGAGCAUUUACCAGUAUACUCUUUUUUUAAUUUGAAAUAUGGUGUUCAAUAUAUAUAUAUUUUCUAGGGAUAGCAUAUCCGUAUUCUUUACUCAUGGAAAUAUUAUUGCUUUGGCUGGAUUUUUCCACAGCAAGGCAUUAAAUUUAUCCAUCUCCAUAGAAACAAGCAAGCUGCAUCACCCGGCUAAGUUACAGGUCCAGUCUGAGUAAAGGCGUCCCCGCUCACAGUAAGAAUGCAUGUUUUUCAAGAUGUUAAAGGACAAUAAAAAAAUCUGUAAUUAAACAAUGUAAGACGGACAUGUUUAAUGCUAUAUUGUGAAACAUUCAAGAUAACGUAAUUUUCACAAUUCAUGAUUUUGAAGCAAAAACAAAUUAGUUCAGCCUACUCAAGUUACUUUUUCUGAGUCAGUUUGAACUCGUGUAGACUUUUUUGCAGUGCAGAGCUUUGCUGCUCUUUGUCCUUCGUUGGUUUAACACUGCUCUUGUGUUAAGCUGCACAUAAAGCUUUUUCCACACAAAAUUAAUCACUGUGGAGGUAGUUGUAAAAUAUAAGAACUAGCAUUUGUAAACCCUUGAUUUAUGUUUAAUCCUUUUCAAACCAGAAUGCACUUUAUAGGUCCAGCACUGCAGUCAGUGAAAAAUACACUUGAACUCAACACAGUAAAAAAAAGAUCAGAAUUAUUUAAGUAAUAAUAACAAUAAUGCAUUUUAUUUAUAAGCAUCUUUCAAAACACCCAAGGACACUGAACAAGAUAAAAUUAGAUAAAAAACAUACAAAUACAAACAAAGUAGUUUUGACAAGUUUAUAUUUAUGUUAUAUAGACGUUGUAAUUUGUGUGCAUUGUGUCAUCAUGGUAACUGCUGAACAUUCUGCCAUAGAGAUACAUGUGGAACACCCCCAGCAUGGUGGCACUGCAGUAUCAAUUGGUGGUUUUCAAAUUUUACAGUGUGAUGAUGUCUUACUCCCAGAUGGGGCCAGAUUUUUCUAUUGAUUAC